CUCCUAAGCUAUAGACCUACAGAUCGAACCCCUGCUGCCUAUGGACCUAUGACAGGCCUACCAACUGUCUAUGAAUACACAGGUCACAGGUUCAAUUCUCGGGGUCUACACGGGUACUGUACAUGGGUGAGGUCUAGGGAUCGAACCCUGAGUACUGCAUCCGCUACUGCUAAAAGGGAAAGAUGUCUCUCCACGAAGGUGUUGAUCGAGCAGCUCAAGAAGCACUUCACCGACAGCGGUCCGACCGGGAAAAACAAGAGCAAGGGGCAUAAGCACUAUGUCUGCAACUACUGCGAGACCCGGUUCGUUGGCUCGGCCACCAACCUCAAGGACCACUUCUUGAAGGGCAAGUGUAGUAUUGAGCGUGUCACCCGCUCGUUGGGCGCAGAUGAGAGGUUGAGGAGGAUAGAGGGGAUUCGAAUGGGAACGAUGCAGGCGGAAUCCCUUAUCGGAGGGAAAGGAAGUGCGGGUGCGGGUCCGAGCAGAGCUCCCUCUCGAAGCAGCUUGGUCGUCCCAUCCCCGACGGCGAGCAGGCCCCCUGUUCCGGCUGUUGGUGAGUCAAGCACACCCGCGACAUCCGGGUACGCUGCACCGUUGGUCGGACGGCCGACGAGGCAAACCCUGAUCGAGGAAGCGGACAGCAUCAUCACCCAGAAUGAGCAGAUCAGCAGACACCUGGACCGUUUCCUGAUCUGCACGAACCAACCCUUCAGCUUGGUCGAGAACUACUACUUCCUUCAGCUCAUCAAUGCAGUUAAGAACUGCCAUCCUAGUUGGUGGUCAUGCAAGAGGGACGAGAUGAGGACGAAGCGGUUGGACGGGCAGCGCAAACUUGUUGGGGACGACAUGAUGAGUCUUGUGAGGAAAUGGGAGAGGACGGGCUGCAUGCUGCAAAUGGACGGGUGGUCGGAUAGGAGGAACAAACCACAUCUCAACGUAAUGGUUUCCUCCCCGGUUGGCACUGUGUUUUGGAAGUCCGUGUGCAUGGAAGGGAAGGAGAAGGAUUCAGCGGCCUACUUCAAGCUGCUGGAGGGAGUCAUCGAGGAGAUCGGUCCGCAGUCCUCGUCGGCGUCGUGAUGGACAAUGCGAGGGUCUGUUCGAAGGCCGGGAAGAUGGUGGAGGUGAAGUACCCCGGGAUUUUCAGUGUCGAUUGCACGGCCCAUGCG